AUGGCCAAGUCGCCGUUCGUGCUCACCGUACAGCGCCAUCCUCGCUAUACCCUUGCUCUCGCCGCUUUCGUCCUCUGCGCCUACUGGUUUCUCUCUACCCCUACACUUCCACCUUCACCCGUUCGCUACAAUGCGAAUAACGAGCUUCAGGCGCGGCUAGAACGCGAGGAGCGCAAGUACCGCGCAAUGCUCCCUCAACGUCAGGAGCUCAUAACACGAUAUGGCCCUACGCCAGCACAAGUCGUCAUGUUUCCCCCAGACCAAGAUCCUUGGCCACCAUACACCGUCUGGGACUUCUUCCCACCACUAUACAACUGCCCCCACGAACUCGACAGGCUAGGUGCCCUCGGCGACGGCGGGAAAUGGAUAUGCGGCAUGUCCAGAAUACAGGACAAGCCUGACUGUGUCAUCUACUCAUUUGGCAUCGACUCGACGUACCUGUUCGAGGCGACGCUCCUCCAGUCCACGCGCUUCUGCCAGGUCUGGAUAUACGACUCGACCAAGGGCGUCGGCGCCGAGGGCCACAUCCCGCGUGCGCUGCGGCACAGGGCGCACUUUGGGAAGCUCGCGCUCGGCGCAAGCGACAGGCACGCGGCGGGCGACGAGCCCAAGACGUGGACGCUCAAGAGCCUCAUGGCCGAGAACGGUCACUCACACAUCGACUUCCUCCGGCUCGACGUCGAGGGCUGGGAGUGGGAGACGUUCCGCGGCAUCGUGCACGACUUCACCAUGGAGCGCGGCAACCCCGGUGGCGGCGGGCCGCACGCACCCAACAAGGACAACGCGACGAGCGGGUGGGGCGUCGCGGAGCGCGAGGGCGUCCUGCCGUUCGGGCAGCUGCAGAUCGAGCUGCACGUGUGGAACCAGCGCUUCCAGGACUUUUUGGAGUGGUGGGAGCUGCUGGAGGUCGCCGGCCUGCGGCCGUUCCACAACGAGAUCAACUUGGUGUACGCGAACUACAACCGGCAUAGCGGGGUCGAGCUCGCGGAGUACUCGUUCAUCAAUAUCCGCGGGGAGAACGCCUUCGGGGUGGCCCUCGCCGCUGCUCACUCCGUUUCUUGA